AUGGCGGAUGACAGUGCUGCAGCCGGUGGUGGUGAAGGGGCUGGCGAGUAUAUCAAGAUCAAAGUCGUGGGCCAGGCAAGAUAACUAUUCCAGUCAAGAUUCAAUGAAAUUUCGUUCAGGACAGUAACGAAGUUCACUUCCGCGUCAAGUUUGGAACGAGUAUGGGCAAACUGAAGAAGUCGUAUGCGGACCGAACUGGAGUUGCGGUUUCGUCUCUCCGGUAAGUUUUUUUUUCCGCCUAAAAUUUGAUAGCGUUUAUAAUCAAAACUUCGAGUAUUGGUAACAACGAAAAAAAGGGAAAUACCCAGUUUGUCAAACUUUUUAAGAACUUACGUUUGAUAAUGAACUAAAACACGCAAAACCUUCAACUUGUUUUAAGGUUCCUUUUCGAUGGCAGGCGGAUUAACGACGAUGACACUCCAAAAACUCUCGAGAUGGAAGACGAUGACGUUAUCGAAGUAAGUAAACAAAAGAAAUUUUCAUACAUGUAUGAGUGAAAGAGAAUCAGAGCGUUCGCUACCGGUGCUCCAGUUUCAAUUGAUUAUAUAAUUUUCAAUGAAGAAAAAAAAUAAACAAAAAAAAAAAAAAUAAUAAUAGCUUUAAUCCUUCGGUGCUGAACACGUUAACGAAAAUUUUUUAGUAAUAUUUUCUGAGCAUAAAAUAUUAAAAUAAAAGCUUCAAUGGCAACUUCACAUAUUCAGGUCUACCAAGAACAGCUCGGAGGAUAUUGA